AGAAUCCAAAGCAGGCCUUGUGCUGUCAGCAGAGAGCCUAAUGUGGAGCUUAAACCCAUGAACUAUGAGAUCAUGACCUGAGCUGAAGUCGGAUUCUUUUUAUUUUUUAAUUUUUUAAUGUUUAUUUUUGAGAGACAGAGACAGCAUGAGCGGGGGAGGGGCAGAGAGAGAGGGAGACUUAGAACAUGAAGCAGGCUCCAGCCUCCGAGCUGUCAGCACAGAGUCUGAUGUGGGGCUCGAACUCAUGAGCCAUGAGAUCAUGACCUCAGCCGAAGUUGGAUGCCCAACCAACUGAGCCACCCGGGUGCCCCUGAAGUUGGAUUCAUAACCGACUGAGUCACCCAGGCACCCCAGAAGUGACCUUUUCUUAAACAUGAAAAUUACUGUUUGCUGUUGAGCUGUUUUAAAUUUUUACUACAAAAAAACUUUUGUCAUAAUUAGCGAAUUAAAAAUGGCUUAACUAUAUAAAGUUUUGUUGGUUUGGAAUGUAUUUUGCUAAAACCAUAUUUUAUAAUCAGUGUUCUUUUUGGAAGUAAAUAAUAGAAUGAAGUUCACAUUAUGUACUACUUUCUACUUUAUUAAUUCCUUUUCUUCCUUCAAAAUGAUGAUGAAGGAACUCACCCCAAAAGAAAGAGCAGGAAGAAAUGACAGCCAGAGACUUAACACAGAUACAAGCAAGAUGUCUGAACCAUAAUUUAGAAUCUCAUAAUAAGAAUACUAGCUGGGGUUGAAAAAAGCAUAGAAUCCCUUUCUGCGGAGAUAAAAGAAGUAAAAUCUAGUCAGGAUGAAAUUUAAAAUGCUAUAACUGAGAUACAAUCUCGAAUGGAUGCCAUGACAGCAAUGAUGGAUGAAGCAGAGCAACUAAUCAGUGGUACAGAGAACAAACUUACAGAGAAUAAUGAAGUGGAAAAAAAAAAGAGGGAAACUAAGGCAAAAGAGCACAAUAUAAGAAUUAGAUAACUCAGUGACUCAUUAAAAAGGAAUAACAUUCGAGUCAUAGGGGUCCCAGAAGAUGAAGAGAGAGAAAAAGGGGUAGAAGGGUUAUGUGAGCAAGUCAUUGUAGAAAACUUAACUACUAUGGGGAAAGACAGAUAUCAAAAUCCAGGAAGCACAGAGAACUCUCAUCAGAUUCAACAAAAACCGACCAUCAACAAGGCAUCAUGGUCAAAUUCACAAAAUACUCAAGCAAGGAAAGAAUCAUGAAAACAGCAAGGGAAAAAAAGUCCUUAACCUACAAGGGAAGACAAUUAGGUUCACAGCAGACUUAUCCACAGAAACGUGUUAGGCCAGAAUGGAGUGGCAGGAUAUAUUCAAUGUGUAGAAUUGGAAACACUAUGCAGCCAAGAAUUCUUUACCCAGCAAGGCUGUCAUUCAAAAUAGAAAAAGAUUCCCAAACAAAAACUAAAGGAGUUCGUGACAACUAUACCAGCCCUGCAAGAAAUUUUAAGGGGGGCUCUCUGAAGGGAGAAAAGUUGAAAAAUAACAAAAUAGACCAAACGCAACAAAGACUAGAAAGGACCGGAGAACACCACCAGAAACUCCCAACUCUACAGGCAACAUAAUGGCAAUAAAUUCACAUCUUUCAGUACUCUAAAUGUCUGGACUAAGUGCUCCAAUCAAAAGAUAUAGGGUAGCAGAUAAGAAAACAAGAUUCAUGUAUAUGCUGCUCACAAGAGACUCAUUUUAGAUUUAAAGACACCUGCAGGGUGAAAGAACAGGGAUGGAGAAACAUCUGUCAUGCUGAUGGCUGCCAAAAGAAAGCCAGAGUAGCCAUACUUCUAUCAGACAAUCUAGAUUUUAAAAUAAAGACUAACAAGAGAUGAAGAAGGGCAUUAUAUCAUAAUUAAGGGGUCUGUUCACCAAGAACAUCUAACAGUUGUAAAUAUUUAUGCUCUAAAUGUAGUAGCACCUAAAUAUAUAAAUCAAUCACAAACAUACAGAAACUCAUUGAUAAUAAUACCAUAAUAGUAGGGGACUUCAAUAUCCCACUUACAGCAACAGACAGAUCAUGUAAGUAGAAAAUCAACAAGGAAACAAUGGCUUUGAAUGACACACUGGACAAGAUGGACUUAACAGAUACAUUGAGAACUUUUCAUCCUAAAGCAGCAGAAUACACAUUGUUCUUGAGUGCACAUGGAACAUCUCAAGAAUAGAUCACAUACUGGGACACAAAUCAGCCCUAAGUAAGUACAAAAAGAUCAAGAUCAUACCAUGUGUAUUUUUAGACCACAAUACUAUGAAACUCGAAAUCAACCACAAGAAAAAAAUUGGAAAGACUGAAUACUUGGAGACUAAAGAACAUCCUACUAAAGAAUGAAUGGGCUAAUCAAGAAGAUAAAGAGGAAAUUAAAAGGUACAUGGCAGCCAAUGAAAAUGAUAACACCACAGCCCAAAAUCUCUGGGAUCCAGCAAAGGCAGUCAUAAGAGGGAAGUAUAUAGCAAUCGAGGCCUUCCUAAAGAAGGAAGAAAGGUUUCAGAUACACAACCUAACCUUACACCUUAAAGAGCUGGAAAAAGAACAGCAAAUAAAACCCCAAACCAGUAGAAGACAGGAAAUAAUAAAGAUUAGAGCAGAAAUCAAUGCUAUCAAAACCAAAAAGCCCUAGAACAGAUCAUUGAAACCAGGAGCUCGUUCUUUGAAAUAAUUAACAAAAUUGACAAACCCCUAGCUGGUUUGAUCAAAAAGAAAAAGGAAAGAACUCAAAUAAAUAAAACCAUGAAUGAAAGGAGAGAUCACAACCAACACUGUAGAACUACAAACAAUAAUAAGAGAAUAUUAUGUGCACUUAUACACCAAUAAAUUGGGCAGUCUGGAGAAAUGGACAAAUUCCUAGAAACAUAUAAAGUACCAAAAUUGAACCAAGAAGAAAUAGGCAAUUUGAACAGACCUAUAACUGGUAAAGAAAUCAAAUUAGUAAUCAAAAAUCUCCCAAAAAACAAGAGUCCAGAGCUGGAUGGCUUUCCAGGGAAAGAUUUAAACAUUUAACAUUUGAAGAAGAGUUAACACCUAUUCUUUUGAAUCUGUUCCAAAAAAUAGGUAUGGAAGGAAAACUUUCAAACUGAUUCUACAAGGCCAGCAUUACCUUGAUUCCAAAACCAGACAAAGACCCCACUAAAAAGGAGAACUACAGACCAACUUCCUUGAUGAACAUGGAUGCAAAAAUCGUCAAGAUACUAGCCAGCUGGAUCCAACAAUAUGUUAAAAGAAUUAUUCAUCAUGACCAAGUGGGAUUUAUACCUUGGAUACAGGGCUGGUUGUAUAUUCACAAAACAAUCAAUAUGAUACAUCACAUCAAUAAAAGAAAGGAUAAGAACCACGUGAUCCUCUCAGUAGAUGCAGAGAAAGCAUUUGACAAAAUACAGCAUCCUUGCUUGAUAAAAAGCCUCAGGAAAGUAGGGAUAGAAGGAUCAUAUCUCAAGAUCGUAAAAGCCAUAUAUGAAAGACCCACUGCUAAUAUCAUUCGAUGGGCAAAAACAGCUUUCCCCCUAAGGUCAGGAACACGACAGGGAUGUCCGCUCUCACCACUGUUUUUCAACAUAGUGUUGGAAGUCUUGGUCUCAGCAAUCAGACAAUACAAAGAAAUAAGAGGCAUCCAGAUCAGGCAGGAGGAGGUCAAACUUUCACUAUUCACAGUUGACAUGAUACUAUAUAUGGAAAACCCAAAAGAUUCUACCAAAAACCUGCUAGAAGUGAUCCAUGAAUUCAAAAAAGUUGCAGGAUAUAAAAUCAACGCACAGAAAUUGGUUGUAUUCCUAUACACCAAUAAUGAUGCAAUAGAGAGAAAUCAAGGAAUGAUCUCCCUUACAAUUGCACCAAAACCCAUAAAAUAUAUAGGAAUAAAUCUAACCGAAGAGGUGAAAAGUUGAUACACUGAAAACUAUAGAAAGGUUAUGAAAGAAAUUGAAGAAGACACAAAAAAGUGGAAAAAUAUUCUAUGCUCCUGGAUAAGAAGAACAAAUAUUGUUAAAAUGUUGCUACUACCCAAGCAAUUUACAUAUUCACCGCAGUACCUAUCAAAAUAACACCAUCCUUCUUCACAGAGCUAGAACAAAUAAUCCUAAAAUAUAUGGAACCAGAAAAGAUACCGAAUAGCCGAAUCAAUUCUGAAAAAGAUCAAAGCUGGAGGCAUCACAAUCCCAGACUUCAAGCUAUAUUACAAAGCUGUAAUCAAGACAGUGGGUACUGGCACAAAAACAAACACUUAGAUCAAUGGAACAGAAUAAAGAACCCAGAAAUAGACCCCCCAGACGUGUGGCCAACUAAUCUUUGACAAAGCAGGAAAGAAUAUCCAAUGGACUAAAGACAGUCUCUUCAAAUGGUGCUGGGAAAACAUGCAGAAGAGUGAACCUGGUCCGCUUUCUUACACCAUACACAAAAAUAAACUUAAAAUGAAUGAAAGACCUAAACUUAAGACAGGAAGCCAUCAAAAUCUUCAAGGAGAAAGCAGGCAAAAACCUCUUUGACCUUGGUUGCAGCAACUUCUUACUUGACAUGUUUCCGGAUGCAAGGGAAACAAGCAAAAAUGAACUAUUGGGACCUCAUCAAAAUAAAAAGCUUCUGCACAGUGCAGGAAACAAUCAGCAAAACAAAAAGGCAACUGAUAGGAUGGGAGAAGAUAUUUGCAAGUGACAUGUCAGGUAAAGGGUUAGUAUCCAAAAUCUAUGAAGAACUUCUCAAACUCAACACCCAAAAAACAAAUAAUCCAGUGAAGAAAUGGGCAAAAGACAUAAAUAGACACUUCUCCAAAGAAGACAUCCAGAUGGCCAACUGACACAUGAAAAAAUGCUCAACAUCACUCAUCGUCAGGGAAAUACAAAUCAAAACCACAAUGAGAUACCACCUCAGGCCUGUCAGAAUGGCUAACAUUAACAACUCAGGCAACAGCAGAUGUUGGAGAGGAUGUGGAGAAAGAGGAUCUCUUUUGCAUUGUUGGUGGGAAUGCAAACUGGUGAGCCACUCUGGAAAAUGUAUGGAGGUUCCUCAAAAAAUUAGAACUGCCCUAUGACCUAGCAAUUGCGCUACUAGGUAUUUAUCCAAGGGAUACAGGUAUGCUGUUUUGAAGGGGUACAUGUGUCCCAAUGUUUAUAGCAGAGCUGUUGACAAUAGCAAAGUAUGGAAAGAGCCCAAAUGUCCGUUGAUGGAUGAAUGGAUAAAGAGGAAGUGGUGUAUAUAUACAAUGGAGUAUUAUGUGGCAAUCAAAAAGAAUGAAAUCUUGCCUUUUGCAACUCUGUGGAUGGAACUAGUGGGUAUUAUGCUAAGUGAAAUUGGAGAAAGACAAGUAUCAUAACUUCACUCAUAUGAGGACUUUGAUACAAAACAUAAACAUAAGGGAAGGGAAGCAAAAAUAAUAUAAAAACAAGGAAGGGAACACAACUUAAGAGACUCUUGAAUACAGAGAACAAACAGGGUUGCUGGAGGGUUGUGGCGGGGGGAUUGGUUAAAUGGGUAAGGGGCAUUAAGGAAGUCAUUUGUUGUGAUGAACACUGGGUGUUAUACUUAGGGGAUGGAUCACUGGAAUCUAUUCCUGAAAUCAUGAUUAUACCAUAUGCUAAUGAAUUUGGAUGUAAAUUAAAAAAUAAAAAAAAAAAGGAUGGGUGUUCUUUGUGCUGUUCUUAUUUGUAAGUUUUUUCUUAACUUGAAAUUACCUGUGAAUAGUUUUAAAAAAGCUAAAAAAAGGUGCUUUGACUCCUGGAUCAGUGUAUGUGUGUGUGAGAGAGAAAUGAUGGUGGUUGUGUGUAUUCAGAAUUUUCUGAUAUAUGUCAUUGGUUUUUGGGGUGGGUUUGGGAGAGAAGCAGGCAGACAUGUUUUGGUCAAGCUUAUUUGAAUUACUGAAUUUGGUAAGUGAAAUUGAAUAUUAAAUGUGGGUUAAGCCUCCAUGUUGUUAAUUAGCCUAAAAAUAUUGUGGUAUGGCUGUGUUCAUUUAAGUUUUUUUUCAGUUUGUUUUUUUUAGUAUCUUCAAAAUGGCUGAUAAUUUGGAUGAAUUUAUUGAAGAGCGAAAAGCCAAACUGGCCAAAGACAAAGCAGAAUUGGAAAGUGAUCCACCUUACAUGGAAAUGAAGGGAAAGGCAUCAGAGAAGCUUUCUGAAAACAGUAAAAUAUUAAUUUCCAUGGCCAAAGAAAACAUACCACCAAAUAGUCAACAGACCAGGAGUUCCUUAGGAAUUGAUUAUGGAUUAAGUUUACCACUUGGGGAAGAUUAUGAACGGAAGAAACAUAAACUAAAAGAAGAAUUGAGGCAAGAUUACAGACGCUAUCUUACUCAGGGUAUUACACAAGCGAAAAGAAAGAAAAAUUUUCUGUCCACGAGUGAAACAGAUCCAUCUACUCUGGGAGUUUCUCUUCCUAUUGGUGAGAGGUUAUCUGCUAAGGAAAGAUUGAAACUUGAACGCAACAAAGAAUAUAAUCAGUUUCUCAGGGGUAAGGAAGAAUCCACUGAAAAGUUCAGACAGGUAGAAAAGAGUAGUACUGAGCACAAGAAUCAAAGAAAUAAAAAACCUAUUAGUCAGGUUAAGCCUGAUUUACCUUCACAAAUACAAACAUCUUGUGAAAAUUCAGAGGGUCCUACGAGAAAUGUCUUAACGCCUUCGGAGGCAUAUGAAGAGCUUCUAAACCAAAGAAGACUAGAGGAGAACAGAUACCGACAACUAGAUGAUGAAAUUGAAUUAAGGAAUAGAAGAAUCAUUAAAAAAACUAAUGAAGAAGUGGGCAUUUCCGAUAAAAAACAUCAAAGGUUUGCCAGCAAGGCUGACAUUCCAGAGAGAAGAUUUAGCAAGUUUAAUGAUUAUCGUGUUUUUGAUAGACACUAUUAUAGACCAGAUCAAGAUCCUGAAGUAAGUGAAGAAAUGGACGAGAGGUUUAGAUAUGAAAGUGAUUUUGAUAGAAGACUUUUGAGAGUGUAUACAAAUGACAGGAUGUACGGGAACAGACAAGGGAAUGUGCCUCCUAAGGAGUAUGGUGGUGAUGUCACAGAGCAUUCAAACAUACGCAUUUCAUCUGCUGGAAAUAAAAGUGCUCGAGAUAAUGAACCAUCUAAAUCCACUAACCAAGACAUCUGUAGUCCUUUUGCGGGGAUGCUCUUUGGAGGUGAAGAUCGAGAACUUAUUCAAAGAAGGAAGGAGAAAUACAGACUAGAACUACUAGAACAAAUGGCCGAACAACAGAAGAACAAGAGACGAGAAAAAGAUAUGGAACUCAGGGUUGCAGCUUCUGGAGCACGAGACCCUGAGAAAUCGCCUGAUAGACUAAAGCAGUUUAGUGUGGCACCAAGACACUUUGAAGAGAAGAUACCACCUGAAAGACCCAGAGUAGCUUUCCAGACACCUCUCCCUCCCUUACCUGCCCCAUCUGCCCCACCCAUCCCAUCAGUUCACUCCAUCCCAUCUCAAAAUGAAGACUUGCACAAUGGACCCAGCUGCACCCUUGGUGAAAUGGUGACUCCCAGGAUUGCACCUCUGCCUCCUCCUCCCCUGCUACCACCUUUGGCUGCUAAUUAUCGGACUCCUUAUGAUGAUGUGUACUAUUUUUAUGGGGCCAGGAAUACUUUGGAUCCCAGUCUUGCUUAUUAUGGUCCGGGAAUGAUGGGAGGACAGCCUGCAGCUUAUGUUAGUGCUCCUGUCACCCAACAGCCAGCACAGCCUAUUAUGAAUAUGGUUGGACAGAACGAACUGAAAAUCACAAGUGAUCGAGGAAUAAAUUCAGGAUUAAUUUUUGAAGAUAAACCAAAGCCUUCAAAACAGUCACUUCAGUCUUACCAAGAAGCUUUGCAGCAACAGAUUCGGGAAAGAGAAGAAAGAAGAAAGAGAGAACGUGAAGAAAAAGAAGAAUAUGAAGCUAAAUUAGAAGCUGAAAUGAGAAGUUACAACCCCUGGGGGAAAGGUGGAGGUGGUGCUCCUCUGAGAGAUGCAAAAGGCAAUCUGAUAACUGAUUUGAAUAGGAUGCACAGACAAAAUAUAGAUGCCUACCAUAAUCCAGAUGCAAGAACAUUUGAAGAUAAAAGGGCUGUUGUAUCUCUAGACCAAAAUUUAGCCACCUCAAAUGCUGAGAACUUAGAAGAUUCUGCAAAUAAAAACUCAGGUUAUACACAAACACAGAACUCUCCUUUUGCUCGGGGAAAUAUAUUUUGUGAGCCUCCAACUGAACUUCAGAUUAAACAGCAAGAAUUAUACAAGAAUUUUCUUCGUUUUCAGAUUGAGGAAAAGAAACAAAGAGAAGAAGCAGAGCGAGAGAGACUGAGGAUUGCAGAAGAAAAAGAAGAAAAACGGCUUGCAGAACAGAGGGCACGAAUUCAGCAAGAGUAUGAAGAGGAACAGGAAAAGAAGAGGGAGAAAGAGGAGGAGCAAAGGCUCAAAAAUGAAGAGCUUAUUCGGUUAGCUGAAGAAAGACGGAAAGAAGUGGAAAGAAAGAAGAAAGAAGAGGAAGAAAAACAUAAUCUUCAGCUUCAGCACUACUAUGCAAGAGAAAAUAUAAUUGGGGAGGAAACAAAACGCUUGAGACAGCCUUCUCCUGUAGUUCCUGCUCUUCAGAACAAAAUUGCAAGCAAACUCCAAAGACCUCCUUCAGUUGACAGCAUUAUAAGUUCCUUUAUUCAGGAAAGUUCCGUGUCCAGGGCACAGUCUCCUCCAGUACCUGCCAGGAGAAAUCAGCUCCGUGCAGAAGAGGAGAAAAAAAAUGUAAUAAUGGAGUUAUCAGAAAUGAGGAAACAGCUUCGUAGUGAAGAGCGGCGUCUACAAGGGCGGUUGCUACAUAUGGACAGUGAUGAUGAAAUUCAUAUAAGGAAAAGAGAAAAGAAUCCCAUGGAUAUAUUUGACAUGGCUAGACAUCGGUUGCAAGCUCCUGUCAGAAGACAGUCACCUAAGGGCUUAGAUGCUACUACUUUUCAGAAUAUUCAUGACUUCAAUGAGUUGAAAGACAGAGAUUCAGAAACACGAAUUGAUCUGAAAUUUAUGUACCCGGAUCCUCCAAGAGAUCACCACACCUUAGAGAUUCAGCAGCAAGCCCUGCUAAGAGAACAGCAGAAGAAACUGAAUAGAAUAAAGAUGCAGGAAGGUGCUGAAGUUGACUUGGAUGCUAUCCCAAGUGCUAAAGUACGGGACCACAGAAUGCUUAGAGAGCACACUGAUGAUUUUUUGAAAACUUCAUUACUGGAAUCUGAUAGUGCUUUUAUUGGUGCUUAUGGUGAAACAUAUCCUGCCAUUGAAGAUGACCCCCUCCCUCCACAGUCACAGCUGCCCUCUGCAAGGGAGCGCAGGAGGAACAAAUUGAAAGGACUGGACUUUGAUAAUGGUCAUCCUAAUGUACCGCCAGAUGGUCUCUCUUUGAAAUCUGUGUCCAGUAUAAAUAUCGAUCAGCUUAGAACGAGAAAUGAAGAACGGAUGCGAAGACUGAAUGAAUUUCAGAAUAAACCGAUUAAUACAGACGACGAAAGUUCACUGGUUGACCCUGAUGACCUGCUGAAGCACAUGGGAGACGAUGGAUCAAACUCUGUAGCGACUGAGCCCUGGCUCCGCCCAGGCACCUCAGAAACACUGAAAGGAUUCAUGGCAGAGCAACUGAACCAGGAGCAGCAGCAGGUUCCUGGAAAACUAGGCAUUUUCAAUUGGCAGGGCCUGUCUACUGCCCAUGGUUAAAUAAAUCUGUAUUGGACCCAGCAGUGCCUUUUAAGGUGAAAGGAAUGUUAAAUCUGAACCUUUGGAAAUAUGUGUGCUACUUUUGGUCACUACCUGAACGUUACUUACACAAGUUCCAUCUGUAUAUAAGGUGUAUUUUUCCCAUGAUGAUGUAUAUGAUGUACAUAAAAGGCCAUGAUUAAUUUAUAUAAUGUAGAAUUAAAUAGAAUUAUUUUUGCACAAUUUUGCCAUACAUUAGGUGGUAAUGAACUCUUGGAAUCGACUACCAUAUGUGCAUUAUUCUCGUAAGAUAAGGUGAAUAAAACAAGUGUCUUAACAGUA